GUAUUGGAGAGAAAGAUUCAAGCUUUCCGUCUUCUUUGCCGCCUUUCUCUCUUCAACACCGACUCUUAAUUUCUUUUGUUAAAGCCCUUUUGUUUUCUUCAUUUUUCUCUCUGCAAUAACUUUGUUUAAAAAUUUCUUCACCACCUGGAACUCAUUUUUCAGGCGAGGAGACGCCUCGCCGCGUAAACUUGAUAAAGAACGAAAUGGGGCGUCGUCUCUUUGCCUGUUUUCGCAAGGGAAAAAGCAGUGAUGCAGGUACGAAGAUAUCGCCGAACCAUGCGCAAGAGAUGAAGGUGACGGCGGAUGUGUCAGCGGAGGAGCUUAAGCGGGGCGGGGCAGUUUUAGUGGAGCUGUUUUCUUCACAGGGUUGCAAGACAUCUCCGGGGGCGGAGGUGCUGUUGUCACGGCUGGGGAGAGGAGACUUCGAGCUGGAGGUUCCGGUGAUUUUGUUGGCGUAUCACGUGGACUUCUGGGAUUACAUGGGGUGGAAGGACCCGUACGGGUCCAGCCUGUGGACUGUUCGACAAAAGGCUUAUGUGGAGGCCUUGAAUCUUGACACUAUGUUUACGCCGUUGGUGGUGAUCCAGGGGAGGGCCCAUUGUCAAGGGAAUGAUCAGGAUUCUCUGUUGGCUGAGAUUACUAGAGCACCCAGAUUCCCUUCUCCAACCUUACAGGCAACUUUCCAAAGGUCAACACCAGAAUCUUUGCAAGUUUCUCUAACAGGGGCUUUGAGGAACAAGGUGGACAAUCAAGGUGCCAAUGUGAUGGUGGCUCUAUAUGAAAGUGGACUGGUGACUGAUGUUCCAACGGGGGAGAACAAAGGGCGUGUCCUGUCGAAUGACUAUGUUGUUCGCAAGCUUGAGAAACUAUGCACUGUCAAAGACAUCUCGGCAAAGAAGAAUGUUUCAGGAACUGUAAAUUUCCCUCUAUGGCAAGGCUUCAAUAGUAGCAAAUGUGGUGUUGCUGUCUUUGUUCAAAGCAACUCUUAUCAAAUGUUGUGUUCACAGAACUUUAAGUUGCCGGAUAACAUAUGAAACUGGAUUUGAGUUUAUUGUAUAGUUUCUUCAGGCCAUUAUGUACAGAAUGUGUUAUGUUUUAGAUAUUGAUUUCUCUUCCUUCUGUUCAUUAUUGGACUCCUCUUCUUUGUAUUUUUUACUUUUCUUUCUUAUUGUAUUGUUACUACAUGCAGAAUCAUAUUUUGUAUAUAUGGAGAGAGAUGUUUGCAUUAA